UCUUCGUUGUCCCUGCGCGUCCCACACCAGCUAGGACGGCACGACUCUACUCUUCUGAGAGUAUUUGAAGCCCCACGCAAUGGGAGGAGAGAAAGAAUGGGCGGCGGCAGCAGUGAAGCACACCGAGCUUAUGGUAGAGAUGGAAGAAAUGUUCACUGACAGCACCAAGGACAACGACAGCACCCUCGGUGCCAACGCCCCCGAGCUUGAGCUGCAGCGUUGGCAGCAGUGGCGAAACGUCGACCUCGCCCGUAUCGCGGCCCCGCCGACGGGGAGCUCGGCUCAACCAAUCGAAAUCGACUGCUCGGGCACCGCGGACAACAACACGGCGCUUGCCGGGGGGAAGGAAGAGCGAGCUGCGGGCGGUCCGGCAGGCGAUGCUCCUGUGGCGGCGGCGGAGGGAGAAACGCUGUGGGGGCAUGCUGUCCACGAGCACGAGCUCUGUGCCGGCGACCAGAUCUAUGUGUACCGCGGGGUCAUCCAGCACCACGGGAUCGUGACCCACGUGCCGGUCCCCGGACGAGUCGGAGGCGUGCGGGUCGUGCACUUCGACUCCAACUGCGACGGCGUGGAAUCGACAAGCCUGGAGACGUUCCUGAACGGUGGCACCCUGAGAAGAGCCACGUACGGCGCAAGCGCGUGGUCGACCGGCCUCGACUACGGGGCGAGCUACGGCUGCGCCGCGGACGACCCUGCGCUUAUCGUGACCCGCGCCACGGAGGCGGCCAAGUUUGGCGAAGGUGCCAGCGGGUGGAGCGGGUACAACCUGUGCACGAACAACUGCGAGACGUUCGCGUACUGGUGCAGCACCGGGCGGCGACAGGUGCUCUCUCGCCAGGCGACCCGGGGCCUCGUGGGGGCCGGCGUCGUGGCCGCGGGCGCGUCCGCCGUCGUGUCUGCCGGAGGAUUCGCCUCUGCGGGAGCCGCCGCCACAGUGCUCGUCCCCCGCGGCCUGCGCGGGGUCCAGCGGGGCGUGAAGGCGAUAGAGUGGGCGACAGGGUUGGCGGUCGUAGCCGUGGCGGCCGCGGACGUCGUGUCUACCCUCGUGACCAGGGCUCCCGUCGAGCGCAACCUCAACCUUCGGAGCGGUUCGACGGUUGCAAGCUAAGGAGUGCGGUUGUGGUUUUGUGGCGAGGACACAGCAGUGGUUGCGAGGGAGUAGUGGCCUGGUGGCUGGGCGCGCGUGAUGGAUGGUUCGUGUCUCGCUUGAUUGUCUUCCGGCGGUGGCGGUGACGGUUUAUGUGGGGUUAUGUCGAAUAUAUCGCAUCCUUCUUUUUCUGUAAAUAGUAGUAGUCCUCUAGUCUAAUUCGUUUUUUUUUUCCGUGGUGCCACUCAUUUCGCGUGCACCCAGAGCCGCACGAUUUUCGAGAUCACGUGGCGGGGGGCUGGUCUCGUUUGACUUUGUCUUGAGAAGAGGAUGGUUAUUUGUUUGUCUCCUACCCCUGUACGGCUUUGUAGGGAUGCGAGAUCAAUGGUCUAACGACACGGCAUGCACGAUUCUGCGUACCCCCCCCCCUCCCCCCCUACAUGGUUUCUUCGUAGUGCUUACAGACAGCUGUAUGCAUCUGGUUGGGCGCUUGGGGCGCGGUAGGAGGGGAGCGCAUCCUUUUCUUUGGUUGUCUUUGCCGUCGUCUGCUGUUGCCGGAUAUAUUUUUUGUCUCAUGUACGUAUCUUGUGGAGAAUUAUCAGCUGUUUUUUUCGGCGUUUCGGCCGCUCGGGCGAUGUUGUAGCGCGUCUGGUUUUCCUCGCUUUGCAAUGAACUUCUGUUCUGGUCUGCUCUGUACAUACAUCUAGCCGCGGUUGCUGCCUAUUGGGCGAUGGGUGCACGUCAAUAGGUUAAGAGUUGUACCGCCCGGGUGCGAUUUCUGGGAGCAACUUUUGACCCGACCAUGGUCCAAGUUGUUAAUCGUUGCGCUCGUUGGACAUUGCUAUGGAACGGAGGCGUCUGUUUUUUGUGUGCAACAGUCGAGUCCCUGUUCGCCGUUGUGCCGGAAUCUCUCAAUCAACGAAGAGAAGAAAGUCAGAAAGCAGGGGUUGGAACGUCGGAACAGCCAACAUUGUAACUGUAGCAGCAAUACAACACGCACCUCUUGCAGUUUCGGUCGAGGCCGGGGGUCGUAAUUCCUAGGGUCAUGCUACGAAUGGCCGCGAGGUGCAUGGUGUAGGUUUUGGUAAAAUUCCUGGUUCGCGUUCUUUUGGUGCACUGCUGUCAACGUAAGUUCAGCAUAAUAAUCACGUCUUCUUGAGGGAGGAGAAGUUUUGAACGCUUGGUGUAACAUUCUAUCGAUCGGCUGUCGGCUCUUACCGGCAG